AGAGAUUGAGCUAUGUUUAGAUUUCGGCUAAAUGCCUGUUUUACAAGAAGAAAACAGCAAGUUCUAUUUCCUUGAAUUUGGAGAAUCAAUUUUCGUAGUUGUUACUAUUUUGCAAAUACGGACUUACAUCUCUACCAACAAUUGCAAUUAUCAUUAACGUUAUCUUAUCGUUGUAUGAAUCAUUUCGCAACGAGAAACGCGAAUAAUAAUUGGAUUGUUAUAAAUCAGAGACUGGAGAAAACUGAGACCAAUUAAUAAAUCAAUAAUAAUAACUGAUAAUGGAAGGAGAAUCAGAAAAUGCUUCUAAUAAAGAUUUUAAACCAAUUACUUGGCCAUAUAUGAAUGUCGGCUCGCUAACUAUAUCAUUUCUAACUAAACUGGCAGCAGCCGGUAUCAUUUGGGGAUGGGGAUACUUUAACUACAGCAUAGCUUGGUUGAUUGCGCCAAUUGCACUUUCUGUAUGGAGGACAGAAUAUAAAAAGGAUAACGAGCUGAGAAUUCUUACAACACAAGCAAGUGCAUUGGCUAAAGAAAAAGUAUUGAUUACGGGUCGAAUAGACGAAUUACCAUCAUGGGUGUAUUUUCCUGACUUCGAUAGAGCUGAGUGGCUAAAUAGAAUCUUAUAUAAAGUGUGGCCAAGUAUGAAUCAUUUUGUUCGUCAAUUGUGUAAACAAAAUAUAGAACCAUCAAUUGUUGAGAAACUGACUGAAUAUAAAAUAAAAGGCUUUCAAUUUGAUCGUCUAGUCUUAGGUCGCAUUCCACCAAAAAUUUAUGGAAUAAAAGUAUAUGAUAAAAAUACUUCACGAAAUGAAAUCAUUUUAGAUGCAGAUAUUAUGUAUGCAGGUGACUGUGAUAUUACCUUUUUUGUUGGAAACAUUAAAGGCGGUAUUAAGGAUUUUCAAAUACGUGGUUUGGUACGCAUUGUUAUGAAACCUAUGCUAUCUGUAAUGCCAUUAAUUGGAGGUGUACAAAUAUUCUAUUUAAAUAAUCCUACUAUCAACUUCAACUUAGUAGGAGUAGCUGAUGUAUUAGAUUUACCUGGAUUCAAUGAAAUUUUAAGGAAGACGAUUGUUGAACAAGUAGCAGCUAUUGUUGUAUUGCCAAACAAAAUAAUUAUACCAUUAAGCGAAGAAGUACCAAUGGAAUCGUUAAAGAUGCCUGAACCUGAAGGUGUUCUGAGAAUUCAUGUUGUAGAAGCAAAACAUUUGAUGAAGAAAGAUAUUGGAAUGUUAGGUAAAGGCAAGUCUGACCCAUAUGCUGUCAUAAAUGUUGGUGCCCAGGAAUUUAGAACAAAAACCAUUGACAAUACUGUUAACCCAAAAUGGGACUUUUGGUGUGAGGCUAUAAUCAGUUCAUGCAAUAUGCAAGAAGCUGUGGUAUCUCUUUGGGAUUGGGAUCCAAAUGUCCCUGGGGUACAAUGUGAUGAUUUCCUUGGCAGAGCUACCAUUGAAAUUAAUCGAGUAAAGAAAAAAGGCACGAUCGAUACAUGGGUCUCUUUGGAACAAGCAAAGCAUGGUAUGGUUCAUUUGCGAUUAAUAUGGUUGCAACUUUCCAAAAAUCCUACUGAUUUGAAAGCUGCUUUAAUAGAAACUCAGGAACUUAGAGUUACAUCGAUGAGUACAGCCCUUCUGACACUCUAUAUCGAUUCUGCUAAAAAUUUACCUUGCGUCCGAGGAAAUAAACAACCUGAUGUUUAUUUGGAAGCAAGAAUCGAUGGGAAGAAAGAGAGAACACCUACUAUACCACGUUCUUGCGAUCCAGUAUGGGAGCAAGGAUAUACCUUUUUAGUCAGCAAUCCUGAAACUGGCGUUUUGUACAUAAAGAUUAUAGAUGAGAAAACUACCAUAACAGUUGGAGAAAUGAGUUAUAAUCUUUCCUUGCUUUUGGAAAAGAAUAAUUUAGAAAUAACCCAACAGCCGUACGAUUUGCAAAUGGCCGAAGCGGAUAGUAAGCUUGUAUUGUCAUUGUCAUUAAAUAUUUUGAAAUAUGAACAGCCUGAACCCACUUCCGAAGAAGAUGAAGAUGAUCAUGACAUUAAUCAAUUAAAUAAACGAAUUGAGCGUCAGGAAUCUAACAUUAGUAACAUAUUAUCUUCUAGUGUACCUCCCAGCCCUCUUAAAAAACAACCUUCAAAAGAAUCAGUCAACAGUCAGUCUCAUAAUAAUGGACCUGCGCUUGUAUCUGAAGAACCAGCAGUGGUGGAAGAAGAACUAAUAGUCAGCACCAGUACUCCAUCUUCUUUGGCAGGAAGUCCUCAGCUUAUCCACAGAAAUUUAAACACGACAUCUUCUCAGGGUGAAGCAAAAUUAGGCAGAAUACAAUUGACAUUACGUUAUAGUGUGCAGAGACAGAAACUUAUUAUUGUUGUACAUAAAAUUGCUAAUCUACCGCUCCCUCAAAAUGAUCCACACAAUAUACCAGAUCCAUAUGUGAAACUCUAUCUUUUACCGGAUCGACACAAAGAAACAAAGCGCAAGACUGCCGUAAUAAAGGACAAUUGUAAUCCAAUAUUCGACGAGCAAUUUGAAUAUGUGGUUUCGCAGGGAGACUUAAACACUCGAACAUUAGAGGUAUCUGUAUGCACUCAGAAAGGUUGGCUGUCGACUGGAAGCAAUGUGAUGGGACAACUUCACUUGAAAUUAAGCGAAAUCGAUGUUUCAAAGGCUAUUACUACUUGGCACGAUUUACAACCGGAAAUUAAAGACUAGAAAAAGAGGAAAAGGAAGCGGGGCUUCGAACAUUUAUGCGGCUGUCUGACAAAACAGCCAUUUAAAUCCCCGCUGAACAAUUUUUACAAACGAUGAAAGUUUCGAAUAUAAUUACAAUAUUCCGUUGACUAUGUUAUGUUGUUAAACUAACGAUUUAUAUAUGUAUUAAAAUAAGUAACUAUACGGUGCUAUAUGAGACGCGAGACGUCUUAUAAAAUAAGCUAAAUCUCUUAUUAAAUAUUUGUACUUACGCCGUCCAAUGGCAUAGAAAUGAUCUGAUUUACAACUGUUGCUGUAACCUUCUCAAGCAAAGAGACGGAUUGGCUUAGUAAUAUAUAACUUGAACUGCUAUUUUGUGCUGAUCUGUAAGAUCAAUAAAAUAAUACUUAUAAAACAAUAUGCAUAAAGAAAGAGUUUCAAUAGAUUUUAUAAUUUUUCAUGUAUUUUUUUUUAGAAAUGUAUUUGAAAUAAUCGACCAUUGCAUGUUUAAUUAAAUAUUCUAUUUGGCAAUA